AAAGAGCGUAUUUGUGUGAACAGAAAUUAGGCUAGGUACUCUGUAUACAGUUAUAAGUAGCAUAUUAUAUUGUUCAACUUCGGUUUUCCAGAGGAUCCAUGUCUAAAACACUUAAUAUUUCCCAGAUGGAGUUCCCAAAACUUAGUUAAGUAUCAGCUCAAUAACAGCGGCCAAAUGCAUUCAGCAUUUAAUUGACCAAGCGAUCAAAUGUUGACGUUGUAUUUUUAAAUAAUUUAUCUUGCUUAGUGUUUAGUUUGCCUGGUUCAGUAUUGAUUGUUUAAUACAACUGUUGCAUCUGUACUUUCACUUAUAUUUGCGCGUGUUUUAAUAUAUAUGAUGAAUAUUCACUGCUGCCCCAAGUGGACAUCAGUUGGAGCCAAGAAACUAAUCUGUCUUUUGCUGUGCAUAUCAGUAGCUUGCUUGAUCACUUAUCGAGUACAUGUUUGGUUGAAGCAUUACGACAGUUUGGCAUCAAAAAUGAUUAUUUCAGCUUAUGAGGAUCAUCAAAGUAAUUUGCCAUUUCCUUUGAUCAGUAUCUGUAAUAUUAAUCCAGCAAGGGGAACUAAACUGUACAAUAUUCAGUCAGCUGAGUCUCAGGAUCGUGGUGUUGAUUAUGAAAUUUUCUCGGAUGCUUUUCAAGGACGUUCAAGUGAAAACCUCCCGGAAAGCAAACUUAAAGUGCCAAUUUUCAAGCUCAUGGAGAAAGCAUCUCAUCAGAUAGAUCAAAUGUUAAGAAGCUGUAAAGUUGGUCAAAGACAUUGUUCCGUACUGAAUUUUACAAAGAGCAUUCUACCGAAUGGCGCUUGUUAUACGCUAGCUGGCGAUUUAACCGGCAUAGACGAAAUUCAAUUAGUGUUAGAUCCACAAAGUUACGAUUAUUUGGUACCGAAUCAAGGAUUCAUUGGCUUUCGCAUUUUACUACAUGGAUAUGGUGAUUCCUUAUGGGCAUUAAUACCAACUGCUGUUUAUGCUGGUCCAACAUUUCAUACUAUGUUACGUGCAGUUGGCCUUAAAAAGAUUUAUAAACAACAUUGUACAAGUCAAUCAAUCUGGGCUAGCUGUAUGCAUGAUUGCAUGCAAGAAAUGUUAUUAGAAAAAUGUCAUUGUCAAUUGCCAGAUUGUACUGUUUUUGAAAUGAUGAAAUGUGGAUUAACUAUGAAUUCAAUGAUCGAAUCUCUAUCACCAGUUCAAUGUCGAUGUCAUAAUCCCUGUGAAGCGAUAUCUUAUUCGGUAGAAUCCAUAACCCAAGCAUUAAAAUCCCCAUUAUUAUUUACACAUUCUCCAAGUCUGUUUACUAAAAUAAAUGAAACCAACUUUCAAUCAAACAAUAAUUUUCAACCACCUACUGAUCAACAACAAUUUAAUAACAAAAUUAUAUCGAAAAACCAAAAACUGACAACUGUUUCUGAUGACAUUAGUGAUUAUGAUCCUAAUAACAAUAAUCAUAAAAACUCUAAAGAAUUGAAUAUAAAUCAAUCGGAACAAUUUCUGCAUAUUUACAGAAAAGAGAUUUGGGAUGGCUUACUCCUUCAAACAUGGGCAUUUCUACGCGAAGCUAAUCGUACAGCAUUUGAACAGUUAAGACAACUUUCUCGUCUUUUACAAAGUUUAAAUUUGGAUUUACAGACAGUAGAACGUACAGUUUAUAAAGUUCAUAGAAAACAUAGAUUCAAUUUAGAAGCUACUGACCUAAUGCUUUGGGAUAGCGAACGUCUGUCAACAAAUAAACAUCCUUCAGAUCAAUCUAACGGAUUAUGUAUGGAUAGUGAAGAACAUUCUCGUAUGCUAGAAAGGGUUAGCCGUUUAGGAAAGGAAUUUGUCCGCCUUUUUAGACAAAGCAUUUUGUUUCGAGAUAUAACAUUAGUCCCAGGACUAGAUUUUCACAUUCAUCUUGUUCGUCUGUUUUUUUUAAACGUCGUCGAUGAGUUGGAUCGUCUCGCUAAUCAAUUAUUACACAACGACCUGUUUUCUGAUGUGACAAUGCUUGAUUUACAACGUAAAACAAAUCAGUGCAAGCAAACUAACAAUAAAUUAAUAUACAACGAUACUAGUUGGGAAAAUCAGUUAGAACAAUCACAGUUAAUUGUUGCCAGUGAAGAUAUAGCCAGUCUUCAAGCUGUUCUUCUAGCUACCGAUUCGCAGUUCAAACAAUUAAGAACGGUGCUUUCUAAAUUAGUUUUGGAUAACCGUGAAUUAAUUGAAACUGUCCCAAUUAAGCGGGCUAGUUUAAACACUAAACCAGAUAGCUUGAUCAGAUUAGUCAGUGUUACAAUACAGCUGACAAGGGAUAAAAAUCGUCUUAUACGUUUGGAAUCAGUACAGGCAAUUUAUAGUCCAAUCGCUGAACUAUUGGAUCUAAUAGUAUCUGGUCUAUUGCUUGCAUUUCUAUCUAUCUUCCUAUUAAAUAUUUGUGUUUCACACCCAAACAAUUCAGAUUCGUGUUAUUAUGAAUGCUGUUGCUGUUGUUCCACUCUCGUAAAUAAAUCUACUAAUUCUAAAUCAUGUGAAUCACCGAAAUUGGUUACUCAUACCAUUUUACCUACAGCUUCAUAUAUUAAUUGUAAUACAGAUAGUGGAAGUUCUAGUAAACGUCUGCCAAAACUCAAUACUAUCUCAUAUAGAAAUUACAGUGACUUAAUACCAACCGAUAUUUUACAGAAAAAACCCACAGUGAAUUCAGUUUAUUUGUUUGAUUCACAUCAACAAGAUGGAGUCCCGAUUUCAAAUAAAUGUAUAAUAACAGGAUUACCAAUUACCAGUAAUAAGCCAUGUGCAAAAGGUUUUGGAGAGAAUUGUCGACAUAAUUUCAGUAUGUGUCCAAGUGAAUCAACACAAUAUAUAACAUACAAUUUACCUACUUUACCGGGAUCUUCAGUGACAUUACCGAAAUUGGACAAUAAAGCUCUUCAAAUUGAUGUGGAUGGUUUUAACUGCAUGGAUAUAUCUGAGUAUUCUACCACUGAAUGUGAAGGUGAACAAUCACAUGCGAACACAAAUCAACAUUAUUCAUGUCAUCAACAACAAUCGCUUCCACGACAACAACAACAACAACAACAGUUAAAUCAUCAACAAAACGGUGUCAACGAAUCCUGUAUUAGUUUUUGUGAUUGUUUGUAUUCCAUAGAAGAUAAUACAAAAACAGAUUCUGCAUCGUGUUUAAAUUCAAGCAAACUUUUAUUUUGUAAUAAUCAUUCAAACACUAUGAGAAAUUGUUCUUCUAUUAGAAAACCAACUGAUAUUAAUUAUAGUAAAAAUGAAAUGUUAAAUUGUUUAAUAGUAACACCACAACUACAGGAUACAACAUUUAAUGAAGUUACACCAAAUAUUGUAACAACACAUCAGUUACCAUUCAGUGUUGAUUUACUUCAGUCGUCGCAAUUAAUAGACGAUAAGGCAACACUACCAGUAAACACAUCACAUUAAGAUAGACUGUCUUAGGGAGUACAAAUAUAAUCGGUAUAUCAGAGUUAUGUAUUAGGCACAGUUUUAAUAACAGAUCAGAAUAAUAUUCAUGAUUGUCAAUGUGCAUAAUGUAUAAUCAUGAAAUUCAACUUUAUUCAUUUUUCAUUUCUUGAAAGUAUCCCAUUUUAUGUAUCACGGAAAUGUAAUUACUCAAUAAAGCAUUUGAUGUAGAUUUAUUAUUCAACUUGUCAUUUGUAUUUUGGAUUCAUACAUUCCCUUCACUAUACACUCAUCAACACAUUAAAGCACAUAGUUAUUCUAAAGCACUUGUUAAUUCUCCAACUAAACAUUCUGUCAAAAAAAAACUUCUAAUCAAUAUGAACACUUUUUUUAAUAGUAAGUGAAAUAAACAACUUUUAUUUUGUCUUUCACACAAUGACACGAUAUACACUCCUUGUUCAUAAUUUUAUGUCAAUGUUUCACUUCAUCUUACUAAUUUUUUUUUACAAAAAAAUGAUUUAUUGAAUGUUUUUUAUUCGUAGAUUUUAAAUUAACCAUUCAUUUCCAUUGUAAAAUUCUAUAGAAUGAUAUUUCUAACAUUAUUUAUAAUAUUAAUGUAAUAGACCAACAUUAUUGUGAAACCUGAUAGUGAAAUACAAUUAAAUUUUCAUAAUAUGUCUAACUUUCAUAUAAUUCCGCAUGAUAUAAUUAAGUUUACCAAUUAUUCAACUAGUAAUAGAAAAACUUGGAUUAAUGAAGAAAAUUUCUCUGAUGCUAAAUAGAAAUAACUUAUCGUCAAUAACAUAUGUUCUAAUUACUUUUAACGCAUAAAAUUGAAGAGGUGGGUUUGGUUAGCAAUGCUAGAUUCAACUGCCGGCCAUAGUAAAUCUCUUCUGUUGAACUUGGGAUAAAAUGAGUGUAUUGAGGAGAUCCACAAAGAAUGAAGGUUUUCCGACUAUGACCAAAAUUCAACCAAGAAUAUUAACAACAGGAUAACCCAAACCCCUACAAAUUAGAAUAAUAUGCUAAAAUUACAGAAGUAGAAAGAAUUUUCGGAAAGGAAACAAGCUUUAGUUAAUAUAUUGGUAAAAAUUACAAUCACCAUACUGGAAGCAUCAUAGUAAUAGUGUAGACAAAUGAGUAUGGAAAAUGUAAAAAUCCAAGUUCUUUAGAAAGAAGAAGUUUAGAAGUUUUACCAUUUAAUCACGAAAUCCUUUUUAUUGGAAAUC